AGCGGAGAGGAGGAAACAGCCCUUAUUUGCCUGGCUCUGAUUCUCUAGGCUGUGGCUCUUCUGGAAUGCAAACCUUGGACAUGAUGGAAACAGGACCUGCAGAUCCUUUCAGAAUGCCGGAGGAAAGUUCUUCCAGGCAGACACCACAGAGCUCUCAGUACCAGGACCUCCCUCACCUGGUCAACGCUGAUGGGCAGCACCUCUUUUGCAGAUACUGGAAGCCCACAGGAACACCCAAGGCCCUGGUGUUUGUUUCCCAUGGAGCUGGGGAGCACAGCGGCCGCUAUGAGGAACUGGCUCAGAUGCUGAUGGGACUGGGCCUGCUGGUGUUUGCCCACGACCAUGUUGGCCAUGGACAGAGCGAAGGGGAGAGGAUGGUGGUGUCUGACUUCCACGUUUUUGUCAGGGAUGUGCUGCAGCAUGUGGAUGUUGUGCAGAAAGACUACCCCAAGCUUCCUGUCUUCCUUCUGGGCCACUCCAUGGGAGGUGCCAUCGUUAUCCUUACAGCCGCAGACAGACCAGGCCACUUCUCUGGCAUGGUUCUCAUCUCUCCCUUGGUUCUUGCCAAUCCAGAGUCAGCAACAACUUUCAAGGUCCUUGCUGCAAAAGUACUCAACCUUGUCCUGCCAAACAUGUCACUGGGGCCAAUCGAUUCCAGUGUGCUGUCUCGGAAUAAGACGGAGGUGGACCUGUACAACGCAGACCCACUGAUCUGCCGGGCGGGGCUGAAGGUGUGCUUUGGCAUCCAGCUACUUAAUGCAGUCUCACGGGUGGAGCGUGCCCUCCCCAAGCUGACCCUGCCCUUCCUGCUGCUCCAGGGCUCUGCUGAUCGCUUGUGUGACAGCAGGGGGGCCUACCUGCUCAUGGAGGCAGCCAAGAGCCAAGACAAGACACUCAAGAUUUAUGAAGGUGCCUACCACGUUCUCCACAAAGAACUUCCUGAAGUAACCAACUCUGUCUUCCAUGAAAUAAACAUGUGGGUCUCUCAAAGGACAGCUGCAGCAGGAGCUGGGUCCCUUCCCUGAGCAUACUAGUCAGCUACCAGCUCAUGAUCUGGAGAAAGUGUGCAGAGGAAGGGCAGAACAUGGCUUCUCAGAUGAGGAUU